AUGUACCAUGUGGAUGUGCUGUUGAAAGAGAUGAAUCAAGCUGGAAUUUCUCCUGAUGUGGUCACAUUCAACGUGCUGAUUAAUGGGUAUUGUAAGGAGUCCAACAUUACAGCUGCAAUCAAGGUCUUCGAGGAGAUGAGGCAACACGGGAUUCCUGCGAAUGUGGUGACAUAUAAUUCACUUAUUUCGGGGCUCUGCAGAGAGGGGAAGGUGGAGGACAGCUUGAAGCUGGUGGAAGAGAUGGAGGAGUUGGGGUUGGCAUGCACCCUGUCUACCCUGAACAGUGUGCUGAAUGGGUUCUGCAAGAAAGGCAUGAUGGUGGAAGCUGAGGGUUGGGUUGAUGGCAUGGCACAGAGGGGCAUGAAAUCCAAUGUGGUUACUUACAAUACCUUGGUCGAUGGAUACCGACGGCUUGGAAAGAUGAAGGAGGCAGCGGCGGGCCAAGGGCGCAAUGGCAGGGAAAGGGAUUAG